AACUGCACUGGGCCUUUAAAUCAUGUGACUAGGCUAAGCCACUUUAGUAAGUCAUGGUAUGAUUACUCACUACAUUAGAUACGAAGAAAUAGCCAACAACAAAUCAAAAAUUCUCAUAAUAACCAUGAGUAGUGCUUUUAAAAAUUGCCGAACGGUAAUGGUGACAGGAGCUAGCCGAGGCCUCGGUCUGCGAGUUGUGGAAAGUCUGGUGGCAGGGAGCUCUGAUCCGGACAAGAUUAUUAUUGCCACGGCCAGAAACCCGAGCGGGGCCCAGGAACUCCAGAAACUAGCUGAAAGACAUCCAAAUAUCCAUAUAAUAACACUUGAUGUUGUCAGUCAGGAGAGCAUAGAGAAAGCUGCACAAGACGUUGACCUGCUUGUUCAGGAGCUGGGCCUCAAUUGUCUAAUCAACAAUGCUGGAAUCAAUGUUGUCGCCAAUUUUGAGACAGUCACGGCUGAGAAGAUGUUGGAGAACUUCCACACCAACUCUGUGGCCCCCCUUAUGAUUACUAAGGCUGUCCUACCCCUGCUGAAGAGGGCAGCUGCCAAAGGCACAGGCAUGGGCAUCCAUAGAGCUGCGGUCAUCAACAUGACUUCCUUGUUAGGGUCAGUCGAGCUCAACUGGGGUGACCGGGCCAAGAACUUCAAGUGGUAUCCUUACAGAACAUCCAAGAGUGCUCUGAACAUGGUGACCCGAUGCAUGGCAGUGGAUCUGGAGGCUGAUGGCAUCCUGUGCAUGGGCCUCCACCCUGGCUGGGUACGCACUGACAUGGGCGGACCAGAGGCACCUUUGAGUCCAGAGGAGAGCAUAUCUUCUGUGUUGUCAGUAAUUGGUGGAUUGACUGAAAAGGAUCAUGGGUCAUUUCUACACUACACCGGGGAGCCACUACCCUGGUGAUUGGAAUAUCACCAUGAAUGAUUUUAUAAGUUGUUGGUUUGCACAUGUUUAUGCUUUGACUAUGCAAAGUUGAAUGUACUACCUAGAUAGCAGUUUUGCAUGAAAGAAAUGCAUCAUGUAAUGUUCCAUAUGACAUUCAGAUUUAUUUGCAGUAACACUGAAACUGUAUGCCUAGCCUAUGUUAUUAAAACGAGGCAAGUUAAUUGUUCUGUAGGCCUAUGUGCAACAGGUUGAAGUGUCGAGGAAGCAAAUAGUGGACAGUCUUUUGUUUGUCUUUGAAGGAAUUUGUUCUUUCAGCUUUAGGAUAAGAGUAUUUGAAGAGUAUUAUGAAGAUUAUUUAUUUGUGUCUUUAGAAAUAUAGUAACAUACAGUAUCCUGGAAAAUAACAUUUAUCCUCUGUUAUUUCCCCUAUGACGCAUAGUAGGAGUUUGUCUGAUGUUAGCUGAAAUAAAAGUUAUGCACACAAGUGUUAAGAAAUGAG